CAUUACAAAUGAUAGAGAGAGAGCAGAGUCACAGGCUCUCACACAAUUCCCUCCUCUCUCUCUCUCUCUCUCUCUCCACGCCUGCUAAAAUGCAACACUGUUGCAGCUUUCCCUCUGAAGAACACGCGCAUUUGAGAGCUGCUCCAACUUUCUUCAGCACAAAAUCGAUGACCACUCGACAAUCCUCCUCCAAAUUGUAACAUUUUAGCAAAACCCUUUUUCCAGAACUGAGAAACUUCUCAUCAGAUCACCAUCAAAUUCAGCAAUGGUGGCCGAGCCUUGGAUUCGAAAAAUGGGUAACCAAGCAACCACCAAUCUGAAGCACUCUUCCAAGAAACGAACACCCAAAAACCAACAACACAUUGAGAAAAUCGGAAUUCUCUCAUUCGAAGUCGCGAACGUGAUGUCCAAAACCAUUCACCUCCACAAAUCACUGACCCAUCACUCCUUCUCCAAGCUCAAAACCGAGAUCUCAAUGAAUUCAUAUGGAGUCAGAAAUCUAGUCUCAUCGGACGAGACUUAUCUACUCGAGCUAGCCCUAGCCGAGAAGGUCGACGACCUGAACAGGGUUGCUGGAGCUGUGUCGAGAUUGGGGAAGAAGUGUUUGGUUCCGGCGCUUCAAGGGUUCGAGCAUGUUUAUGGGGAUAUAGUUUGUGGAGCUAUAGAUGUGAAGGAAUUGGGGUUUUUGGUGAAGGACAUGGAUGGGAUGGUGAGGAAGAUGGAGAAGUAUGUGAAUUCGACUGCCAAUCUCUACUCUGAAUUGCGGGUUUUGAAUGAAUUAGAACAGGCAAAAAAGAAGUUUCAGAACAAUCAACACGAAGAGAGACGAAAGGCUUUUGAGCAGAAAUUGAUGUGGCAGAACCAGGAUGUGAAGCAUCUCAAGGAUGUUUCGCUUUGGAACCAGACAUAUGAUAAGAUUGUGGAGUUGUUGGCAAGAACUUUGUGUACAAUUUAUCUAAGGAUUUGUUUGGUCUUUGGUGAUGCUGUUUUGGGUAGGGAGUUUAAUUAUGGAGGCAAUGAAUGUGGGGAGAAAUCUGGUCAAAUUGAUACCCAUCGCAGUUUUCAGGUGAAUUCUGAUCGAUUAAGACCAGUUUUGAGCAAGAGCAAUGGUUAUAAUCAUUCGGGUUCGAUUGAGAUAGAUGUGGUGGAGAGAAGGGGGACAGAUAUUAGGCCUAGAGGUGAAGUACCAUUGUUUCGUUCCGAAGAUUCCAAUUUUGCGUGUGGGACUGGCCCCGGGAGGCUAUUCAUGACAUGCCUUAGUUUGAGCAGCUCAGUUUCUAAAGUAGAUGAUGAAGAGGAGGAGGGUGUUGGUCAUGAUGAUCGAUCAAGUGAAAUCUCGGCUUCUUGCAGUGUUUCAAGUGGUGUGAAGAGAGAAAACCCAAAUCAUUCAGGUUGCUUUACUUGGCCUCAAAGUGGUGAUCAAAUUCAAGCCAAGUGUAGUGUGAUAAAUGGCUCUCGAUUUGGCCCCAAGAUUAGGCUAGCAUUGUACGCUCCUCCUUCCACUGUUGGUGGCUCUGCUCUAGCCUUGCAUUAUGCGAAUGUCAUAAUUGUCAUAGAGAAAUUGCUUGAAUACCCACAUUUAGUUGGGGAGGAAGCUAGGGACAAUCUGUAUCAGAUGUUGCCGACAAGUUUAAGGAUGUCUUUGAAGUCUAGUUUAAAGUCUUGUGUCAAAGAGUUAGCAAUAUACGAUGCUCCUCUUGCUCUUGAUUGGAAAGAGAAGCUUGAUGAGAUGCUGAGGUGGCUUGCUCCAUUGGCACAUAACAUGAUCAGGUGGCAAAGUGAGCGUAAUUUUGAGCAACAACAGGUUGUUUCGCGAACAAAUGUCCUUCUGUUGCAGACUAUAUAUUUUGCUGAUAGAGAAAAGACCGAGGCAGCAAUCUGUGAACUUCUAGUUGGGUUAAAUUAUGUAUGCCGAUAUGAGCGGCAGCAAAAUGCAUUAAUGGAUUGUGCAAGCAGUUUCGACUUAGAUGACUGUGUGGAUUGGCAAGUGCACUACUGAGCCUCUUAUUUUCAUUGAUUGCAUUGUAGGAGGAUAAUAUCUGAAGAUGUUGGUAGUUUCCAUAGCUCCUGAUACUUGUAUGAAGACAAAACAGAUGAUAAUUGAAUACAUUGUGAAUAUCAGAGCUUUUUGCAUAAUGGAGACCUCUAUUUUUGUAUAUGCUGUUGUUUUUGUAGUAUAUUGCAAGGUAUGGAAAAUUGACUUCUAAUGUACAUAAUUCCACUUAUUUUAAUGAAAACGAAGUAUUUUUAUUCUUUAGGAUUGCA